UUCGGCAGAAGAGGAAAGGUGAUUGAUCCCGAGAUUCCAGGGGGCACAAGAGAAGAGGCUCUUCGUGUGGCCGAACUUGGUCCCAACGCCCCAGGGAUGUUUCGAAUUUGGCAAGAAAAGGAAGAAUCAGUAGUGCGAGUAGAAGAUAUAACUGACUUGGAAGAAAAUGUGAGCAGGAUGGGGAUUGGAGAAAACGAAAAAGAUGUGUCACUUGUAGAAGCAGAGGAGGAAGACGUUAGGGUUAACAUCAGGGAUACGUUUGAUAGGAUGGAAGACCUAGUGGACAAGAUGCAAAGGCUGCAUCUAAGACUUCAAGGGAUAUGUGAAGAAGCUGGGAAGAAAGGAGUUGGAUGCCCAAAGGUAUUUACCAUGGGACGUGGAGGAACAGGUGAAGGACCGAAUGAGCCCAAUCCAAGGAUGUUGAGGGCCAAUAUGGCCUCAAGGAACAACGGGGGUCAAAGAAGUGUAAGAGGUACGAUUCCAUUCGCUACAAGGAAGCCCGCAAGAGGUAAUCCUCCAAAGGAGCAAGCACAGGCUUCCCAGCCAGCAGAGGAAGAACCGCCUAUCAUGGUAGAGGGUGACGAAGACGGGGAUGACAAAAUUAGGGAGGAAGAAGAAAGGCAGGUGGAGAUCAGGGCUAAGAGAAGGAAAGCUUUGGCAGAAAACUAUAGGAUGUUGGAUGAGCCGCGAACGAUCGAAGCAGGAAUCCAACAGGCUGACGAGCAAGUGGCCAUGAUGGGGAGAAUGUAUUACCUAACGAACUCCCUAUUGCAAGUUCAAAUGAAUGAUGAAAGAGGAAUGGUGAAGGCCGACGAAAUAGUGAUUGGGAAUGAUUACGAAUUUGAUGAAGGGAAGGAAGGUGAAUUUGAGCAGGAGGAGAUCUCAGAGGAAUUAAGGAAGGAAGAGCGUGACCCUUGGGGAGAAGAGGCCAUGGCGCAGAGAGGAGGGAGGGCAGGACCCUCUGGACCUACCUUGAGAAGGAGCGGGCACAGGAGGGAUCAGACAGUCUCAAGGAACCUAGAGGAGUUGCCCAUUUACAGGGUCGGGGACAACUUGCGAAUAUUCUUAAGAGACCUUGGGGAGUAUGCGUUCAGGAGAGAAUGGGGUGACAAGGAGAAACUCGCGAAUGUGACUGGGGCAGGAAUGUACAAGAAAAGGAUUGAAGGAGUGGUGGCAGGAUGCACAAGGUGGAGAGCAUGCAAGGUGAGAUUGUGGAAGGACAUGGGGGCCUACCCAAGGGACGACGUUGAAGAUGACUUGAGAUUCGAUGGAACAAAUCUGGAGGACUUCAUCGACAUUUUGCAGUUGGCCGCUGAGAGGGGGGAAUGGAGUGAAGAAGAGAAGAAGAAACAGUUGAUCGCGAGAACAGAAAAGAGUGAGAAGGAGGAAGUAAAGGGGAUCGUGGAAGGGAGUCGAACCUGGCAGAGAAUAACGACAGAAUUGGGGAUAUCAUAUACCGAGGUGAGACAGGAUCAGACAAGGAAGGAAGGGUUGCAGGAAAAAGGGUUGUGGAUUGGAAGAGAGAUGGAUGACCCGCAGGGGAAGGAGACAGAGGGUGAAGAGGAGGAUGAUGUGCCUUUGAAAAGUUUGAGGAACAAGGCGAGGGUCGCCCCCAAGAGCAGCAACAAGGGGUCUGACCGAGCAGGGGGAGAUGAACAGAAAGAGGGGAAGGCAGCAGAAAUGAGAGGGAGAAGCAUGAAGGCAAGUGUGGCACCAAGGGAAAGGAGGACUGAAGAGAAAAAACCGAUUGAGAUUGGAAAGAAAGGGGUACAGGAAAGGAGGAGUGAGAAGGAAGGAGGGGCAAAGGAGACAGGAGAAGGAAAUGAGCUCCAGAAAGGAAGCCAGACUCCAAGGGAUGAAAGAACUGAAGGAAAAGGGCCGAUUGGAGACGAAGAAGGGAAGGAAGAAGAGAAGGGUGAAAAGGAAGGGAGGAUAACAGAAGACAAAGAAGAGGAAGUUGGAGCAGGAGAGAGGGGGGUGGAGUGUGGUGAGCCAUCCCAGUUGAGAGAAGAACAGGUAAGUAAGGUGGAAAAGGCUCAAAAGGACAGGAAGAGGAAAGGAUGGAGGAAUUAUAUGAUCAGGAUGCUGCCGGAUGAUGACCUGCCAGUGAACUCCAUAUGGGAUGUCAGAUUUGAGAGGAUGCUCUUCUCAGAGCUGGUGAUAAGUUCAAAGCACUCAACUAACUUGCAGAAGAUGAUGGAGCUGCACGAGAUGUUGGAUGAAAAGUGCACCAGGCUCUUCGAAGAUUACGCUGAGGUUGUCAGGAAGAUGGGGAAGAUGGAAAGGGAAGGUGGAAUGAAAGAGGUUGGGGAAGACCUGGACACAGUAGGGAAAGGACUCCUGGCAGACCUCAGGGGCAGCACUGAACUCUUCACUCAAGGAUUCUUGGAUUACAUCCCUGAGCUCUUGAAGGAGAUGAGCAGGCUAAGAAAGAAGGAAGGAGAGAGAGAUACCCAGGUGGCAAAGUUGAUAGGAGACAUGGAAGGGAUGAGGAAGGAAGUGGAAGAGCUGAAGAAGGGAAAGGAGUAGUUGCAGAAACAAGUGAGCACCUUGAGGGCCGCCCUGACUA